AUGUUUAAGCUUCAAUACCUUGUUGUUCGUCUUAUUGCAACUUUAGCAUGUAUAUCUUUUUGUAUAGGAGCAAAUGUUUCAUAUGAUUCCAAUGCCAUAAUUAUCAAUGGUGAACGACACAUUAUCUUCUCGGGUUCAAUUCAUUAUCCACGGAGCACAGUUCAGAUGUGGCCUGAUCUAAUUAAAAAAGCUAAGGAUGGUGGACUAGACACAAUUGAGACAUACAUAUUUUGGGAUCGUCAUGAACCUCAACAACGAAAGUAUGAUUUCUCAGGAAACCUAGAUUUCAUAAAGUUCUUCAAGCUUAUUCAAGAAGCAGGUCUUUAUGCUAUCAUGAGGAUUGGUCCUUACGUGUGUGCUGAGUGGAACUAUGGAGGCUUCCCAAUGUGGUUACACAAUAUGCCGGGAAUCCAACUACGAACUGAUAAUCAAGUCUACAAGAAUGAAAUGCAAAUUUUUACAACGAAGAUAGUGGAUAUGUGUAAACAAGCCAAACUCUUUGCACCACAAGGAGGACCAAUAAUCUUAGCUCAGAUCGAGAAUGAGUAUGGAAACGUGAUGGAACCUUAUGGAAAUGCAGGAAAAACAUACAUCAAUUGGUGCGCUCAAAUGGCCGAAUCUCUUAAUAUUGGCGUUCCAUGGAUUAUGUGCCAGCAGAGUGAUGCCCCACAACCUAUUAUCAAUACAUGUAAUGGAUUCUAUUGUGAAAAUUUUACUCCUAACAAUCCUAAUAGUCCAAAAAUGUUUACUGAAAAUUGGCUAGGAUGGUUCAAGAAAUGGGGUGAGAAAGACCCUUACAGAACUGCUGAAGAUGUAGCAUUUUCUGUGGCAAGGUUUUUCCAAGUUGGUGGUGUUCUUAACAAUUAUUACAUGUAUCAUGGAGGCACCAACUUUGGAAGAACGUCAGGAGGACCAUUCAUUACUACAUCUUAUGAUUACAAUGCACCCCUUGAUGAAUAUGGAAACUUGAAUCAACCUAAAUGGGGGCAUCUCAAACAACUUCAUGCAUCAAUCAAAUUGGGGGAAAAGCUUCUCACAACUGGAACUCGCUCAAAUAAAAACUAUAGCGACUUUGUUACUUUAACAAAAUUCUCCAACCAAGCAACGGGGGAGAGAUUUUGCUUCUUGAGCAACACAAAUGUAAGUAACGAUGCCACCAUUGAUUUGCAGGUAGAUGGAAAAUAUAUUGUUCCAGCUUGGUCAGUGAGUAUUCUUGAUGGUUGUAAUAAAGAGAUUUACAACACUGCAAAAGUUAAUUCUCAAAUAUCUAUGUUUGUAAAGGAGAAAAAUGAAAAGGAAAAUGAGCAACUCUCAUGGUCAUGGGUUGCAGAGCCCAUGAGAGACACUUUACAAGGAAAAGGCACAUUUAAAGCAAACCAUCUUCUGGAACAAAAAGGAACCACUGUCGAUGGAAGUGACUACUUAUGGUACAUGACGAAUGUUGAGUCCAAUGCAACAUCCUCUCUUCAAAAUAUUACACUUCAGGUGAAUACGAAAGGUCAUGUGCUUCAUGCUUUUAUAAAUAGUAGGUAUAUAGGAUCACAGUGGAGAAGCGAUGGCCAAAGUUUUGUGUUUGAGAAACCCAUUCUAUUAAAAUCUGGAACCAACACCUUAACCCUAUUGAGUGCCACAGUUGGACUCAAGAACUAUGAUGCAUUUUAUGACACUAUACCCACAGGAAUUGAAGGAGGUCCUAUAUAUCUAAUGGGAGAUGGAAAGGUCGCAGCUGAUUUGUCAUAUAAUACGUGGUCUUAUAAGGUUGGUUUAAAUGGAGAAAUGGAACAAUUUUACAACCCAUUGUUAACACAAAAAAUAAAAUGGGAUGCAUUAAAUAAAAUAUCAAUUGGAAGGCGAAUGACAUGGUACAAAACUAGUUUUAAGACCCCUUCAGGAACUGACCCAGUAGUAUUGGACAUGCAAGGAAUGGGAAAAGGCCACGCUUGGGUAAAUGGGCUAAGUAUAGGUCGAUUUUGGCCUUCUCUUAUUGUUGGAAAUGAUGGUUGCAAUUCUACAUGUGACUAUAGAGGUGCAUAUGACUCUAAAAAAUGUGCUGGAAAUUGUGGGAAUCCCACUCAAAGAUGGUAUCACGUCCCAAGAUCAUUUCUUUCAAAUGACACAAACACUUUGAUUUUAUUUGAAGAAAUUGGCGGAAAUCCUCAACAAGUGUCAAUUCAAACCAUUGCCUUACGUACUAUUUGUGGUAAUGCUAAUGAAGGAAGCACCUUAGAGGUGUCAUGUCAAGGAAGUGAUAUCAUCUCUGGAAUUCAAUUUGCUAGCUAUGGAGAUCCAAAGGGACAAUGUAGUUCAUUUAUGAAGGGUUCAUUGGAUGUAGGAAACGUAUCUACUUUGGUGAAAAAGGCUUGUAUUGGUAUGAAAAAUUGUUCAAUUGAAGUAAAUACAAAGUCAUUUGGAUCAGACAACAUUACCAAUUCAUCACCAAGAUUGGCAGUUCAAGCAAUUUGUUCCAAGAAUUGA